CGUCAGCGACCAUGAAGAACUUUCUGCUUCUUUUCCACAUUCUACUGAAACUCCACUGUUCAUCCACAGAGAUGUCAGUUUCCUGUCCUGUCAGCCUCGUUGUCCACAGACACAGUGUUGACCUGGCCUUGGCUACAGUGCAGUUAGCUACGGUCUGGGUCAUGUCCAAGUCUCAGCACUUCCUGUCCUCAUGGAGCCUUAAUAAGUUCUUGCUCAUCACCCAGGGAGACCUGGCAGUGCUCAGAGAGUCAUCAGAGAUGCUGCUCUGUCAGAUGAAGUCUGUUGUGAUGACAUCAUCAGACUGUAGCCAGUCCACCUCUCUGAACCACAGUCAUCUUCUGCUGAGACAGCAGAUUCAAAGACUUGACCAGGCUGUGACUCAGCUGCAGACCUUCUCUUCUACGGUGCUCAACAUGUUCUCCAACCACUGCAAGAGGAAGUCAGGCCAGAUCUUUGAGCAGACCAUGCCCCCCUCGUCACACUGGAGACCCAGCCGCAGGACAGGUUUCCCCAGCAGUAGCAGCGAUUAUGUGUCUGUGGCAGCUGGGUCUGUGAUUGGUCAGGUGUUGGAGUGUGUUGCUCUGUUGUCUGAUGAUGCUGGUGUUCAGGCUCUGAGUAUAACAACCACAGCAUUCCUGGAGGCCUGGAUGGAGCACAUCCUGAGAGAGAAGAUCAAAUUCAGUGUGCAGGGUGCUCUCCAGCUGAAGCAGGACUUUGACACUAUCAGAGAAAUGAUCCAGUCUCAUGAGUAUGGUCUGUCAGCUGACCUCCUCCAGCAGCUGCUCAGCCUCAGGGUCUUCCAGCAGGUGGACUCUGCAGUGAUGUGUCUGCUGCAGCAGCCUCAGUCCAAACCGUACCUGAGCUCCAGAACCUGGCUGCCUUUCAUACGCUGCUGCCCAGCUCACAGCAGCACCGACAGCCUCCAUGCUGCAGUAGGAAGCAGCAUCACCAACCUCAGGUCUGUGGAGGCUCAGGAGUGCGACACUAGAACCGCUGAACUGCAGGGGGGGGGCACUUCAGCUCCAGGAGAACCCUACCUCGCCCCUAGUCUCACACUGGAUGCUGCUCAGCAGCAGUGGCUGGACCUGAGGAUGAGCAGCAGUGAUCAUCGGUGGAGGAUGCAGAGGUUCCGGCGUCUCUUUAAUUCAAACCUGAACACACACCCUGCAGAAAUGUGAGGACACACACUCACUCACACACUCACUCAGUGGCUGAAGGGGAACUUUUCUGUUGGUAUGAAUGUAGAAUGUACUGAAUAUUUUUUCUGAAACUAAGAUGUACCUCAUUUUGAAAAAAAAAAA